AUGAGAGAGCUGAAGUUCCAUGAAAAGAAGCUUCUGAAACAAGUUAACUUUCUUGAGUGGAAAAACACAAAUACGGCACGAGAGCACUUGGCCAUAGUAAAGUACGGCCUAAGAGAUAGAGAGGAGUAUGUCAAGUACAACCGGAUAGUAGGAAAGAUACGCAAGCUUGCAGAGGCAUUAGCCAGACUCAAGGAGAACGAUCCGAUUAGAAACAGCAUGACCAAGAAGCUUGUCAACAAGUUAUACAAUAUCGGGAUAAUUGCAAACAGAAAGCUUGUGGAUUGUACCAAAGUAACUGUCUCCUCAUUCUGCGAAAGGCGGCUUCCAAUGGUUAUGAAGAGAAUUAGAAUGGUCCCCAACUUCAAAGAUGCCAUAAGGUUUGUUGAGCAUGGCCAUGUUCGGCUUGGGUCAAAAGUCAUCUAUGAUCCUUCGACAAUCAUAAGCAAAGCUAUGGAGGACUUUGUCUCGUGGGUUGAUGAAUCCAAGAUCAAGAAGAAGAUCGACGAGUUCAAUGGAGAGAAUGACGAUUUCAAUUAUGCCUGA